AUGGGUAUCACAGACAGCCUCCAACGAUCAUCUGCUGCCACAUACGUGCGAGCUAUCAAAGAAGCUCCUCGUCAUGUUAUCCUGAACCGCCCUUUGUGGACCAGUGCCUUUUUGUACGCCCUCGCAGGCAUGCCCAUGACUUGGGAGCAAGGAGCGUCAGCUGUUGUUCCUACUCUUCCUGGAUUCCAGAAACAGUUCAACAUCAAAUCUGGAUCAAGUGCGGCCGAUAUCUCCACCUAUGUCUCCAUCAUCUAUGUCGGUUACGCCAUUGGGGCCGCCGUAUCCUUUUUCAUCAACGACUACAUUGGCCGCAGAUGGGCCUACCGACUCUACACGCUCCUUUUCAUCGUUGGCCAGAUCAUGACCAUCUUCGCACUUGAUAUGGGGACUCUCAUUGGUGCGCGUAUCGUCACUGGUAUGGGCAUUGGUUCCCUCAGUGUUAUUGGACCCAUGAGCAUCGUCGAAAUAUCUCCCAAGGAGAUUCGUGGUCUUCUGACUUCCUGGUACACUGUGUCCAUGGGUGUUGCCUUGACUGUUGCCAAUUUCUGUGUCCUCGGUGUCUACAAGCAUGUGCCAGUAGGCAAGUUGCAGUAUCAGAUCCCACCAAUUGCAAUCUCUUCAUUCAUGUUUCUCUGCAUUGCCGCUAGUUUUCUCGUCUCGGAAUCGCCCAGGUGGCUCAUCAUGGUCGGGCGCAAAGAAGAAGCUAUUGAAACUCUUACUAGCCUACGUUGUCUGCCUGCAGACGACGAGCGAGUUGUCCAGGAGGUAGCGGACAUAGAAUCUUCCAUCACCUCAGCUCAGGGCGACAUCGGGGGCAGGUCCAACUUGUGGGUGAUUGCCAAGGAGACCUUCACUGUCAGCUCCAACCUCCGUCGUCUCCAGCAGGUCUUGGUCUCAUACGCGCUGGCCCAGCUCUCGGGUGCAAACUCGGUUACGAGCUACUUUAUCCCAAUCAUGAAGCUCUUGGGAGACAAGGCUGAUACCGAACGAAGUAUCUUUCUUAGUGCCAUGUAUGGUUUCUCGAAGCUUUGCUUCAGUUUGAUCGCUUCAUUUUUCUUUAUCGAUAUCCUUGGACGCCGCCGUUCCCUCUUCAUAGGCAUUACGGCCCAACUUCUCUCUCACAUUUACAUUGGCGUCUUUAUCAAGUUUCAGCAAGAGGGUGAAACCUCGACCGCUGCUGGUCAGACUGCGCUCGCAGCUCUUUAUAUCCACGCGUUUGGAUAUGCGGUUGGUCUUUUCAUAUUGCCAUACGUCUUUGGUGGCGAGCUUUGGCCCAACAGAAUUCGCUCCUUUGGUGGAGCGGUAGGCCAGACCUUCCAUUGGCUAUUCAUCUAUGUCGUCAAGUUCUCCAUUCCGUCCUUGUUAGAAUCUACAAACAACUGGGGCGCUUUCCUCUUCUUCGCUGGAUGGUGCUUCUUGGGCCUAAUCUACGUUUACCUCUUGGUGCCAGAGAUUGCAGGUUUGAGUGUCGAAGAAGUCGACAGAAUCUUUGAAGGCUCGUGGCUAAAUGCUAUCAAGCUGAGCAAGAAGAGCCGCAUCGGGGUCAUCGAGGCUGUAGAAGAUGGCAGAGCGGGUGGCGAUGACGGAAAGCUCAGUGAUGAUCAGGUACAAGUCAUAAAGCUCUGA